AUGAAGUUACUCACAGAAGAGGAAGUCAAAGCCCAUAACACCGCCACAUUGCACGGAGGUAUCAAGGGUGCCAUUGCAGGCACAAUUGUGUCCAUUGGUAUUUACGCAAUUGCACCAAAGAAAUAUCCACGUUUGUUCCAAUUGCCAUGGUCUAUCAGAACGGCGGUGGCUAUCAUUCCACCCACUUUGGCCACGUCGAUUUGGGCCGAGGAAUCGUCUUCGGCUUUCGACAAGAAGAUGUAUUCUUCGGACUACACGCAGCAGAAGACCCUGGAGGAGUACAGCAGAUGGCACGGACUGUCGACCAGCGACAAGGCUGUGGAAGUGUUGAGUGAGCACAAGUACAAGAUCAUCACGGCUCUGUGGGCUGCGUCUAUGUGGGGAUCGUGGGUUUUCGUUAACAAGGACAAGAUCAUGACCACUACGCAGAAGAUUGUUCAGGCGCGUAUGUAUGCGCAAUUCAUCACCGUGGGAUUGUUGCUGGGAACCGUGGCUCUGAGCAUGUAUGAAGAGAACCACAACCUGAAGAAGGUUGGAGUCGAAGACGAUGAUUGGAAGCAGAUCCUCAAGGAGGAGCAGCAGAAGCAAGCUGUACGUGCCGCUCAUAAGAGGACCGCGCACGAGAAGGCACUUGCCGCUGAGAAAGAGAAGCUUUAA